UGAUAGCUGAGUAAUGUGCAUAGAAUCUUUAAUAUAAUUUUAUUUUUUACUUCAUUACCAAGAUGGCCAAGGUGCACGCCACUGCCGAAGUGUUUCGCUUAUUCUGUUAGCAGUCUUAGGAAAUGUGUUGAGUUGGAAGAUUGGGUUGUCUCCCCGUCCUCAAGGCAGCCCGGACCACUGGUGAAGUUGUGAUUGAUUCACUUGCACGCUGCGGACGAGAACACCCUUCCCGAGAGAUGCCAACCUGGCACCUGCUGGGUGUCCUGCUGAAGCCUAAGAGGUGCUUGAAGGCUCUGAACGCGGCGGGUCUCCUGGCAGGGGCUCCUCGCCCCGCGGGCCCUCCCCGCGCUGCCGCCGCCGCCGCCGCCGCCGGGCCCGUCCCGCUGCCGCGCCGCGGGCGGGGCUGCGCUGCCGCCGCCGCCGCCGGAGGGUGGCGCUGCCGCCCGCGCGGCAGCCGCGUCCCCGCCCCUCCGCCAUGGCCGAUGUGGAGGACGGGGACGAGCCCGGUGCCCCCCACUCGCUGCCGGGCUCCGCGGGCUCCAAGGCGGGCGCCCCCGACAAGAUGUUCUCGCUGAAGAAGUGGAAUGCGGUGGCCAUGUGGAGCUGGGACGUGGAGUGCGACACCUGCGCCAUUUGCCGGGUGCAGAUGCCUGUCUUAGAUGUCAAGCUGAAAACAAACAAGAAGAUUGUGUUGUGGUUUGGGGAGAGUGCAAUCAUUCCUUCCACAAUUGCUGCAUGUCCUUGUGGGUGA